AAAGUCACUGCCACGUAGAGGACCAAGUGCUGCUGCUGCUGCUUCUGCACAUUUGUUAAAAACUUGUCUGCUUGUCCUGCUGUUCCUCCUGGAAGGUGACCGUGUCAGCAUGCUGCUGGCGGUGCUGAGCUGGCUCUGCUCCUCCCUGCUGCUGUCUGUCAGCGGGGGGAAGCUGCCUGAAGCGGAGGUGCAGAUAGAAGUUCUGCACAGACCUUUCCUCUGUCACAGAAAGUCCAAGUAUGGAGACAUUCUGCUGGUGCACCACGACGGAUACUUUGAGAACGGAACCAUAUUUCACUCCAGUCGAAAUGAAGGUGACAAGCAGGCAGUGUGGUUCACACUGGGCAUCAAACAAGGGAUCAAAGGCUGGGAUAAAGGUCUGCAGGACAUGUGCGCUGGAGAGAAGAGGAAGCUGGUCGUACCUCCUGCUCUGGCCUAUGGGAAGGAAGGAAAAGGUAAGAUCCCACCUGAAAGCACACUGACCUUCGUCAUCGAGGUGCUUGAGAUCAGAAAUGGGCCGAGGUCGCACGAGUCUUUCCAAGAGAUGGACCUCAACGACGACUGGAGGCUCUCCAAGCAUGAGGUGAAAGAGUAUCUGAGGAAGGAGUAUGAGCGUUACGGUUACCCCCCCAACGACACUCUCCAUGAGAACAUGAUGGAGGACAUCUUUGCCAAGGAGGAUAAGAACAAGGACGGCUUUAUAUCCUCCAGAGAGUUCACUUACAAACACGAUGAACUGUAAAGUCCCACAAAGCGCUCUGUUGUGGUUCAUGGCGGAACUGCUUUGGCGCAGAGUUGUUUUGCAAAGACUUUCUCAGGUUAUCACAAAGCAUUUCAGUUUUAUUGAAGCAUUGUGUUUGUGUGGUGUGUGGCACUUGAACCCCUCCUGUGUGAAUUUAGUGAUUUAUGUGGUUUAUUUUUUUAUUUGUGAAAAGUGAAAUUUGUACCUUCUUAGGACCGCUGUAAACGUACAACCUUUGAAACUUCCCUGCAGUACAUCAUUAUUAUUAUUAUUAGUUGAAAUGGCUUCAUGUCAUCUUCAAUAUGAAUUUUAAAGACUAGAUUUUUUACUACUUGCUUUAAUCAGUAUCUCAAAAUAUCUGAGGCAGCAGAAAAGUGAACGCUUGUUGUCACACUGCAUCAUGUGGGCAGGUAAUGUAAAAAGAUACGUGCUGCUAAAUUUGGCUGUGAAAAUCCCCUAAAGCAAAACAGUCUUUCCUUGCUUAUUAGAUUCAUGCAGUUCACCUUUUAUAGGUCCGUGUUGAAUUAGAUUGUAAACAUUUAACUUUUGUGACAAGUGACCAAAAUGCCAUUAAAUCAGUCUCGUGAUCUAAAAUGAGUGUUUAUCAUCAGCAAAAGGUGAAUUUACUGAUUUCUACAAUCCUGUGCCUUCUCCAUGUAGCAGUGAACUGGGCCUUUCUUUGGGGUAUAACAGGGUUUUUUUUUCCUGGGAUAUGACCGUUUGAUAUCACAAAACAAGCAGCUCAUAUCGGUUUUGUUGUAUUAAGUGCUCCCAGAAAGACAGCACACAUGACACUGAACCAAUGGCACUGGUACACCUCAGAACAAUCCAGCCAUUAUCAGUGUAAUUAGAGUCAAAAUAUCUGUGAGAAAGAUGUCAGUGCUGAAAGGAUCUAUUGUUCAGCCCUGAUCUGUGCAUUAAGUGAGUCAAACGCAUACAUUUUGGAGAACUUUGCAGUAACAGGGAAUAAUUCUGUCGACAAGAAAUGGCAAAAAGAAGAAUCACAACAGAGAUUAACUGUACCUGUUAUUUACCCAGAGUGCCGGAGGCUGUUUUGAGAUAUUACACUCACGAGUCUUCCAACCAGAAAAUGACUGAACUAGAAUCUAGACUGUCCUGUUUCUGUAGCUUUGUGGUUGUCUUCCCUCAUGUAAACACUUCCAGACUACACUUAAACAAAUGACUACACUGUUAAAGCCAGGUAUGUAUGUUGUUUUCAAUUUAAAACCAGUCUAAUGAAUAAAACGACCUGAGUACACUUGUUAAA